GUUAUACUUUAGACAGUUAACCAUUUAAGAAUGUACGUCUUCAGAAAUAUUUGCAUUGCACGAAAGCAUAUUUUAUAUAUAUGUGCUGUAAGAAUAUAAAUUAAAUAUUUAAGAUUAAUAUAAUUUGGAAAAAUAUCUAAAUCAAUUUAUUUUCAAGGAGGAAAAAUCACUUUUACAUAAAUGUAUCAGUCACGGAAUUCGCAAUUGCUGCGAUAAUUUCACAGGGAAACGCAAAACUUCUAACAUACUUUCUGAAAUACCUAACAGCAAAAUGGAAUACUGUGAUAUAAAUGAUAGCAUACGUUUAAUUGUCGACUAUAAAGAAUCAUUUAUCACAACUAUUGGUUGCCUUCUACCAGCAGGUUCAAUGUUUGAGAAGUUUAAGGAACGUGGUAGUGCGUUAUUUUUGGAGCACGUAUUAUUCCAACAAACAACUCAAAGGAGCGGGCAACAGAUUGAAAAAAAGUUACAGGAAAUUGGUGGAACAUUAAUAGCAAACGCGAUGCGAGAUAUAUUUGUAUUUUAUGGGACAGCACCUUCUUGUAAUGCUAGCAAACUUGCAGAGCUAUUAGUUGAUGUUGCUAUGAAUACUGUUAUAUGUAAUAACGACGUUGAAUUAGCAAAAUGUAGAAUACUUAAGCAACUUUGUAAAAUAGGAUCUAAUCCAGAACAAGUUAUAAUGGAUUAUCUUCCAAAUAUUGCAUACCAAGAUACUGCGCUGUCUAAAAGUGUAUUUCCUGAGAGUCGCAUAAUUAAAGAUUUUAAAACCGAAUAUUUAGUGAGCUUUAAAAAUCGUAUGUUUAAUUCAUACUUUAUGACUAUGAUUUGUUCUGGUGCAAUCACUUUAAAUGAGUUACAAAAAAUUGCAUGCAAAUACAUUACUGAAAGUACACAGGAGAUAAAAACUUCUAGUUGUAAACUGAAUUCAUUUCCAGGCUUAAAGCAAUUACGUUUUUCAGGUGCUGAAUUACGAUUCAGAGAUGAUGAUGAAGAAUUAGGAUAUGUAGCUAUAGGAUUUGAAGGACCCACUUUUUCUAAAUCUGAAGAUCGCUAUGCUUUUGAAGUAGCUAAAGAGAUUAUAGGCACAUGGGAUAUGACACAUGGUGGAGCAAAUCAUAAUGCUCCAUAUCUUGCACACAGUGCAUUCAACACAAAUAUGUGUUAUUCGUAUAAAUCAUUUAUUCUAGACUAUGCUUGCAAUAGCAUAUGGGGUUGUUAUUUUGUUUGUAAUAAGUUAAAACUUGAUGACAUGGUUUCCAUGUUGCUGCACGAAUGGAGAAGACUGAGUACAACAAUUACUGGCAUGGAAGUGCAACGUGCUGUAAAUAAAUGCAUGUUUCAUGAAUUGAUGAAACUGAAUGAUCCAGUGAAUCGUUUCUUUGAUAUAGUCAAUUGUCUCUACUUACGUGAUUGUUAUGAGCCCAUGAAUGACAGACUCACGGGAUAUAAAAAGAUUACAACGAAUACAAUACGGGAAGUUGCCAGUAAAUACAUACACGACCAGUCCCCUGUAGUCGUAGCACUUGGACGCAUCGAAAAUUUAACGGAUUAUAAUACUAUACAACGUGGAACAUACUCAUUUUGCUAUUAACUCAUUUUCGAACACUUCA